AUGUCAAAGCGCAUGGUGCCUGCCGCGGCGGAGGUGCAGGGCGGUGAGGGGGCCGCCGAGUCUCGCGAGCACACCGCUUCGCAGCCCCACGGCGAGGAAGGCGAUGAAAUGUGCUCCGUCACAUCGGGCGAUACCAGGCAUAGCAGGCCCACUGGAAAGUCCCCGCAGACUGUGGGGACGCGCGGCGUUCGAGCACCCGCGGCACCGUCGCCCAGCCGCACCGCUGCCACUGGGCAGAGGAGGACAGUAGAAGGCUCUGUAUCUCGUCUGUUGCACGCCGUGGGUGGGUUCACUUCUCUGCUUGGCGGCACGGAGUUUCUAUGCGUCUUCCUUGCAGUGUGUGGAAUCAACUGCUUCUUCAUGAUUCUGGCAACGGCUCUUUCGCAGCUGGACGUGGUGGGCGGUGGGUGUUACACCUUUUGGGGCUACAAGAAGAGCUGUGACACGGUGAGCUACUCCAUCCGCACGCAGCUCUUGACCUGCAAGGCACUGAGGCAACGGUUACAAACAGGGGCAGCUUUUUCAAUAUUUUCAAUCAUAUUAAUGAGUGCUGUGAUCUUCUUCGCCCUAAAGGCGCUCAUGGGCUGCCGCGCCGAGGGCAGGAAACGCAAGUAUGCCGCAACCUCCGCCAGUGGGGACGAACGUGGCCGCCAGCAGAACCGUGAUGUAACGGUGCCGCCUGCUUCCAAGUGGCGCAUCGUUGGGCUCUCAGCCGCUGCGCUGCUGUGCGAGGUGGUCUGCUGGGCAAUGUCAGUCAGCAUCCACACCUCCCGCUACUGCGAGGACAAUACCCUGCCCCGCAAGACCGCGUAUGGCGUAGGCUUUGGACUGUUGAUGACUGGGUGGAAUGCGGGAGUCAUCGUAUUGGUAUUGUUUCUUAUUGCUGUGUAA